AUGGGAGUUAAAGAAGAAUUUACUGAUUCACCAUCGACAGCUACAACUCGUAAACUAAAACCUAACGGACAUAUUGAUACGAAUGGUGAUAUUCAUAAAAAAGUAUAUUCAAAUAAUCGAACAAAAACGAAUAAUUAUCAGCCAUUGACAACUCCAUCACGUAGUACAAAUACCGUGAAUGGUAGUGUCAAGCGAAACAUAGCUGAUUAUUCCGAAAUGGAACGUAACAUUUGUGCCGAACCACCGGCAUCAGUAAAACAAUCACAUACAAACGGUUAUAAAUCACCAUUGACUAUAAUUCAAGGUGUUCCACCAUCUAACAAUCCUCGUUCCUCUGUUUUGCCAACAACUGUAAAUGGAACUAAUCAUUAUUUACCCAUAAUACGCCGAACAGAACAACAGCAACAGACACCAUCAAAAAUAAAAACAACGUUAACAAAUAGAAAAUAUUAUACAAAUUCUGAUCAUCGUUGUAAUUCAUCUCGAAGUCUUGUUUCAUCACCAAUCUCAAAUACAAGUUCAACAAAUUCAUUUUCUGCUGCAUCCGAAUCAACAAACGUCAGUAUUAAUAUUAACAACAACAAUUGUGUUAGUGAUCAUGGAACAUCAUCGGAAGGAAAUCAUUCAAGACAAAAAAAUUAUUCACCAUUAGAUAUCCAUCAUUAUCAUCGAAAUAAUUCUACUGAUUUAAUGACUAAAUCUGAAUCAGCAUGCACAAUUCUCUAUAAUAAUGAUGAAAAAGAAUCAAAUAGUAAAAAUACAAAGUCAAAAUCAACGUACGAUAUAGAAUCAUUGAACUAUUGUAACAUGACAAACGAUUGUGCUGUAGGAAGAAAAACAUUUACGAUACAAAAUAAUACAAAUCAGAUUUUAUUAGAUAACGAUAAUAAUCGACCAUUGUCUCGGACUAAAGAUAAUUUAAACGUAGCAAAAACAUGUUUUACACCGUUAGAAGUGGUCAAAGAAGAUGAAUGUUUAGAAGUUGAGCCAAAAUAUAUGAUCGACACAAAGUACAAUGAUAAUGAUGUUGAACAUCAACUAUGUCAACAACAAAAAAAUUCUUUAAUCAAUAUAAUAAAACAACGUUAUGCUAAUCGUACUGAACAUCCAGCAUCUGUAUCAACCACACCAACAAUGCCAAGAGCUCAAUCACCAACGAGGCGACCAUCAUCCACGGGACCAUAUGAUGAUGAAAUUUAUACAACAAAAAUGGCAACAACCACAACCAAUUUCGCACGCGGGCAUCGUACUAGAACAAGUCUACCAGUUAUUGUACGACCAGCAACAAAUAAAACUAACUCUCUAGGGUUAUGUUUUCUUUGUGUUGGUGAUGAGACAAAAAAAGUUCUUCUACCAAACGAAGUAACAUGUACGGAUACAGUGAAAGCCUUAUUUGUCAGAGCAUUUCCACAUCAUUUGUCAAUGAAAUAUAUGGAUCAAGAUACAGUACGGAUAUAUGUCAAAGAUCCUGAGAGAGAUUUAUUUUAUCAAUUGGAAGAUAUAAGUGAUGUCAAAGAUCGUUGCGUAUUAAAAGUUGUUCAACUAAAAACAUGUGCAUUAAUCAAUGAGAGCGAAUCACCAUGUACUAUUGAUGGUAGAUUAUCUGUUUUUGAUAAUAAUCAUAUAUCGACAUCAUCAUUGACAUCAACGAAACCAUUAUGUGCUUCAAUCGCCACCAACGUCAAAUCAAAAGAUCAAGAUGAUAUCUAUGUCCCGUUCACAUCGAGACCAAUAUUAGCCAGUGAAAUAACAUAUCAGAGGCUAAGUCGACUUGGAAGAGUGCCAUCAUCAACAUCAAUUACGGGACUACAAACAACAAAUAGUACACGAAAUUCGAUUGAUGAGAAUAAAAUAGCUACAGCUCAGGUAGCCGCAACAACUAUAACCACGACAAAUUCUCGUUCACUAAGUGAGCCAAGACGUCGUAUACAAAAUAACAGUAAUGAUAAGGAACAAGAUAGAAUAAUAGGAAGUGAGACGAUACUUUCACAUAAUCGCACAACAAUGUUUCCAGAGAAAAUUUCGCCAAAAUCAACAGCAUUACCCUAUGAGAACGGAUAUGCUUUCAGUCGUAGCGGUUCAACGACUCCUCGUUUAACAGACGACGAUGCUCGGUGUAAAAUGGAAUAUAUGGAAAAACAACUAGAAUCUCUGACAGAUUUUGUGCAAGCUUUAUCACGUUCAAAUGAAACGAAUGAACGUUCAAAUUCAUUUAAUAACUGUAAUGCACUGUUUAAAAACGAUGGAAAGUCAUUGAGACAAAGUUUAUAUGAAUUAAAAAUUAAAACUCAUGCAUUAAAAAAUGAUCUGAAUUUAUUGAAACGUUUGCAGCAAACAAUGCAGGAUAAUAUGCGAAAUCAAUUCCAAAUGGCAAGCAAAAGAAUACAGGAUCAAUUAUUGAAGUAUCAGAUCGAAAAUAAAGUCGAACGUAGAACAGUGGAAACUGAACUCGAUAAUUACAUCAUUUCUAGUGCAAAAAUUGAUCGUGAACUGGAAGAUUUAGAAGCAACAGUGGAAGACCUAAGGAAUGAUGUGAUGAGUAAUAAAAAUUGUCAUGUAACAAUGAAUGAUGUUGAAAGUUUUGCAUUAGCAUUGAGUACAAUUAGUCGAUCAUUAGUCGAUUUAAAAGGUAAGCAUCUGUGUUUGAUUAAUUUAAUGAGUUUCCAACAUAUUGUUUGUGUUUCAGCGUCAUUUCCAGUACUAAGAGAAAAAAUAUGUUGUCUUGGACUUCAAUCGACACUAAAAGAUGAUGAAAAAUUUCUACGUGAAGAGCCAGAAAGACUUGAUUUCACAAUUAAAAGAUGUAAAAGAUUAACAACGAUGUUAUACAAUCUUAAACGUUUGGCUGUAGGACAAGAACAAAAAAAAAUAAAAGUAAAAGCCAUUGUUAUACAAUCCUCAUUUAAUUUUGAUAAAAAAGCAUUAAACAAUGAAAUUGAAUCAGCGACACAAAAUUCGGAUGGACGUCUUAAAGCGAUUGAAAAAGCUGAAAAAUCGCGCGAACGUCGUCUUUAUUAUGCUAAUCAACUUGAUUCAUUGAAACAAUUGAAAUAUAAUGAUGAACAACAACACCAGAAUAACGAAAAUAGCCGUGAUUCAAUACAAUCAUUUGAUAAUCGCAGUUUAAAUAAUUCUAUCCUAUUAACAUCGAGUGCAAGAACAAGUAUUUGCUCAAAUCAAUCGAGUUCAACCGACACUAACAAUUGUCCAUCUCCAUCACUUUCGUUUAUGGUACGACAAGCAGUAAUUACACCCACACAAGCAAGCACUGAUACUAAUAUGACUAUUAAUACAAAUUUAUCUACAUCCUCUAAUUCAUCAUCGGAAUCAAAUAAUAGACUGUUAAUUAAUCAUUCUCGUUCACAACUAACCUCAAAACAAAAUAAAGUAACAUUUUCUAAUGAACUUGUAACAAAUGGUAAAAAGACAUUAACAAACGGUUCAUCAUAUCCAUCAUCUCGUGAUCAUUCUCAAGAUUCAAUAACAACAAAAUUUACACAAUUCCAAUGUUCAUCUCCACUAGUGACAACACAUAUGAACAAUAAGAGAAAACCCAUGCCACCACCUCGUGUUGAAAGUAAUUCUCAUCCAACGAAUAAAACAAUCUCUUACCAACUUCUAUCAUCUUCUUCGUCUAGUGCUGUAUCCUCUAGUUCAUCGACAUCAUCUGGUUCAUCAACAUCCCAAAAAAAUGGUUACAAUCACCAUCAGUCAAAUAUAAAAUGUUUUUCUACUAAACCUAUAUCGUUAUCUCCGCAAGAGUGUCGACAAAACGGUCGUUGUAAUUCAUAUAGUUCAAGCAGUACAGAUACCGAUUCCGUUAUUUCAAAUCCAAAUAUAUCACAUCUACCAUCUCAUACAGUAACAAAUGGAACUAAUAUAAUUAAACGGUCACCCGUAAGCAAUCAGUUAUUAAAAUCGUUGCCACCAUGUAAUGGAGGAUUCUAUACGAAUCAACAAUCUAAUAAUAAUAAAUUCGAUUCUAUAAUAACUGAUUAUUCAAAAAAAUUAAUGCGUACAUCCGUGACAGAGCUCUAA